GAGCUCCGUCUGCAUACGCGCAGGCCCCGCCCGGCACGGGAUGCUGCCUCCGCCGCUUGGCUUCUGUGCGAGAGCAGACGCUGUGCCCCCGGCUGAAUCUUCAGUUUCCUCCACUCUUCUAGGAGCUGCAGAAAAUGAACACAUAUCCGGGAUCAGUGUCAUUCGAGGAUGUGACUGUGGAACUCUCCCCGGAGGAGUGGCGGCACAUGGGCCCUGCUCAGAGGACUCUGUACAGAGAGGUGAUGCUGGAGAACUACAGCCACCUGGUCUCCGUGGGGUAUUGCAUUACCAAGCCCAAGUUGAUAUUCAAAUUGGAGCAAGGAGAAGAACCGUGGUCUUUAGAGGACAGAUUCCUAAGCCACAAGUACCCAGGUUAUUACAAAGUAGACGUCCACAUCAAGGGAAAUCAAGACAAACAAGGGAAGCCUCUAUGGCAAGUAAUAUUCAUUGGUGAUAAAACACUGAGUAAAGAAGGACAGAAAGUUCUAGAAAAACCAUUUAAUUUGGGCAUAGCUUCAGGUUUUUCAGGAAAAAUAACCUAUAAACAUGAUUCAUGUCAAAUGAAUUUUCCAGUCAUUUCUGAGUUAAUUAUUAGUGAAGGAGACUAUUCAAGAGAGAAGGCUGAUUACAUGACUGUAUGUGAAAAUUUGCAGCUUUCUAUUAAACACAGGGACACUCAUACUGGAGAGAAAUCUCAUGAAUAUAAUAAAAAUGUGAAAACUGUUAGUGUUAAGAAAGAUAAGGAUCAGAGAUUUCAAACAUUGGAGCAAUUGUUUGAAUGCAGUGAGUUUGGGAAAAUUUUGUAUGAAAAAACUGUCUGCCUUACAGUUGAGAGUUCUCCAACAGAAGAGCAGUGCUGUCAGGGUGAUGAGCUUGGGAAAAACUGUGAUAGGACAACUCUGUUUAGCCACACGAGAGCUGACCCAAGGGAGAAGUGCUCUGAUGUUAGUGACUGUGGGGAAUUCUGCUGCGAAUCCACCAUCGAGGAGUACAGUAAAGUUCACCUGGCUGUAACACACCAGGAAUGUGAUGAAAAUGGUAUUAAUUCAUGUGGGAAGUUACCCCUAAUUCAAGCUCAGAGACCUGUUACAGGACAGAGUGUUCUUGAAAGCAAUCCAUGUGAAGAAAACUUGAGCCAAAGUCUGGCCCACAUAGUACAUCAGGAGAAGCCAAUUGGAGAUAACUUCUGUGAAUGUCCUGAAUGUACUAAUACCUUCUUCUGGAAAUUAGGCCUUAUCACACAUCAGCAAACUCAAGAGAAACCCUGCCAGUCAGGUCUGUACGGGAAAUGCAGGGAAUCCUUUUACCAGAAAGCACACCCCAUUCAGGAUCAGAAGACUUACUCAGGGGAGAACCCUUACAAAUGUGAGGAAUGUGGGAAAUUCUUUUGUUCACAUUCACACCCUAGUCAGCAUCCUGGAACUCAUAUGGCGUCCAAACUCUGUGAAUGCAAUAAAUGUGGGAACACUUUCUGUGAGAAGUCAAACCUCAGUGAACAUCUGAGGCUUCACACAAAGGAGAAACCUUAUGGUAACAACGACUGCAGGAAAUGUCACACACCACCCCCCAUGGGACAGCAGAGAACAGACACAGAGAUGAAGAUCUGCCACAGCCGUGAGUAUGCGAAAACCUCCGUGAUGGGACAUCUCAAGGAAUAUCAGAAAGUUCACCCGGGUGGGAAACCCUAUGAAUGUGCUGACUGUGGGAAAACGUUCUCCAAAACGUCACAUCUGACAGCACAUCAGAGAACUCACAGGGGUGAAAGACCCUAUGCAUGCAUUGAAUGUGGGAAGACUUUCUCUCACAAGACACAUCUCAGUGCACAUCAGAGAACUCACACUGGGGAAAAACCCUAUGAAUGUAGCCAGUGUGGGAAAGCUUUUGCUGACACUUCAACCCUCAGGGCACAUCAGAGAAUUCACACAGGCGAGAAGCCCUAUGCGUGUCAUGUGUGUGGGAGAUCUUUUGCCCAUGUUUCUGUUCUCAGAGCCCAUGAGAGAAUUCACACAGGGGAGAAGCCCUACGGGUGUAAUGAAUGUGGCAGAUCCUUUACCUAUAACUCAGCCUUCAGAGCCCAUCAGAGAAUUCACACGGGGGAGAAGCCCUAUGGGUGUAAUGACUGUGAGAAAACCUUUGCCCAUAAUUCAGCCCUCAGAGUGCAUCAGAGGACUCACACAGGGGAGAAACCCUACGAAUGCAGUGACUGUGAGAAAACUUUUGCCCACAAUUCAGCCCUCAGAGCACAUCAGAAAAUCCACACAGGGGAGAAACUCUAUGAAUGUAACGAGUGUGGGAAAACCUUUUCUCAGAAAACACACCUCAGCACACAUCAAAGAAUUCACACAGGGGAGAAACCCUAUGAGUGUAGUGAAUGUGGAAAAACUUUCUCCCAGAAAUCGUACCUCAGUGGACACGAGAGGACCCACACAGGGGAAAAGCCCUAUGGGUGUAACGUAUGCGGGAAACGUUUUGUCUACAAGGCAGCCCUCAUCGUGCACCAGAGAAUUCACAGAGGGGAGAAGCCCUAUGAGUGCAGCGAAUGUGGGAAAACCUUCUCUCAAAGGACACACCUCUGCGCCCACCAGAGAACGCACACGGGGGAGAAGCCCUACGGGUGCAGUCAGUGUGGGAAAACGUUUGCUGAUAGUUCAGCCCUCCGAGCGCAUCACAGGACUCACACAGGGGAGAAACCCUACGAGUGUACUGAGUGUGGGAAGGCUUUCUCCAAGACGUCACACCUCAGAGCACACCUGAGGACGCGCAUGGGGGAGAAGCCGUACGAGUGUCACCAGUGUGGGAAAAGCUUUUCCGAGAAGUCGUAUGUUAGUGCCCACCAGAGGGUGCACACGGGGGAGAAGCCCUACGAGUGCAGCGACUGUGGGAAGGCUUUUGCCCAGAACUCAACUCUCAGGGUGCACCAGAGGGUUCACACAGGUGUGAGACCCUACGAGUGUGGUGAGUGUGGGAAAGCGUUCUCCCAGAAAUCGCACCUUGGUGCACACCAGAGAAUUCACACAGGGGAGAAGCCCUACGAGUGCAAUGAAUGUGGGAAGGCUUUUGCCCAGAAUUCAACUCUCAGCGUGCACCAGAGGAUUCACACAGGGGACAAACCCUAUGAAUGUGAUGAGUGUGGAAAAACUUUUGUCCGUAAGGCAGCUCUUAGGGUCCAUCGCACCAGGAUGCACACCAGAGCAAAAGCCCCAGUGUGGAAUGAGUUUGGAAAGCCCUCAGGGAACUCCUGCCUUACUGCAUGACGCACAGUAAGGUAUAGCUUGAUGAGAUUUCCCUAUAGUGUUGGUCCAGGUGGGGCUGGCCAGGGAAUGUGACACCAAAUAUCACAUUUAAGCCCAGUCCUUUAAAAAUCACCUUGCAUUCUCCCUGGUCCAUGGUUAGUGGGGUGGAGACGACUGCCACAGCAAACCUGAGUGCCGCGUUGGGAGGUGGCAGACAGGGAAAGGAAACAAGUGCCUGGGACAGCUCUCCACUUCCAGGUCUUCAGUACUUGACUUUCCUUUUUUUUUUUUUUAAACAAAGAUUAGUGUGUUAUGUUAGGCUCUUACAGGUUUGGUCUGUUGUUAAAUGCACAUCGUUGGGCCUGCUCUCUUGUUAGCGUGGAGUGAAACCCUAGGAACAUAUUAAAUGUCAGAAGACCUAUACAGAUUCAACUUACUGCAUAUCAGAGCUGUCUCAGGACAAUACUGUCAUCAACAUCUUAAUAACCAGAAGCCUUUAUUAAGAGCCAGAGAAAUCUCAGGGGGAAAAAAAGCCUUUACCACAAAGAGAACUGCAUUAAACAUCAAAUAACUUGGUUAAAAUUUUGUAUUUUGAGUAAGUAGCAUUUUUCAACAAAUAUUGAAAGUUUGUCUUCAGAUAAUUUAUUCUGAGGAAAUACAUGAGUUUCAGAACUGAGGUUAACAUCCUUACCUAGAACUGAGACAUCAAAACCUGUGUUUUUUGUGUAAUAUUAAAAAUUUUAUAGAAAAUAUAUAAGAUAGUAUUUACCUAUAGACUAAGUCACUGUAGACUGUUGAGUUUUGAAAGUGUAAGAAUAACUUGAAUUCUGUGGACAGUACUAAUAAAUGUUUGAAUUGUCUCUGAGCUAUGUGGAACACCCGUGAGUCGACAUGCAAACAGAUGAUUCAUCAGUGCUGGUGAGUUCUGGUAGGAGCCAGCCACACUUGCCCUGCGCAUGGCCACUUCCAUUGUCAGAAUGAGUGACUGUUCUUCUCUUGGUUUCCUUAAACUUGGUGCUUUUGAUUUUUGGCCUUCCUGCUAAUCUGGCCCUGCAUUGCUAAGGCCCAUGACAUUCUUGGGCAUUUUUCUAUGUUUUUGUCUAUCUAACAUUGUGUAUGUGUAGGUGGUAGCAGUACUUGUGUUGUUGUUACACUUUUGAGUGAUUUUAAGACAAAUAUCCUUAGCCCUCUUGUGCACAUAUAACCUGAGUAUCCUCUUAAUUUAAUUUUUAAACAUAAUGGCUUCUCACACUGUACACUUCUGUAAAUCAGAGCUGUUUUGGACCAGCUAGGACAGCACGUUUUAGAAUUGCAAUGGAAAGGGCUACUUCAUGCCAGAAGCACAGCACUGGUACUGAGCAGCAGACUCAUUUGGGGGAAAAUAUGUAAUGUAAUAUAGUCUUGGCCAAUAAAACAUUUGGUUAAUCUGUGAUAUUUCAGGCUUAUGGUUUGUUUAGCAUGAAGAAGAAAGUGGAAUCAUUUUGAAAACCUGGAAAAAUAAAAAAAUUCUCUUAA